GUUUGUGCCGCAAGAAAAUUCAACCGAUUAGUCAGUGAGCGAGCGUACGAGUGUCUGCCAUGCAUGAUGGCAACGGUGCUAGUUACUCAUGUAAAUGGACACAUACAAAACCAGUUGACCAGAUCUUUAGAACGCAUCUUAGAAGAAGCGAAUCAAAGUGGUGAAUUGAAGUUGAGCAACAGAAAGUUAAAGGAUUUCCCGAAAGCCAACGAAAAGUACAACUUAAGUGAUACUGUCAUUGCAGAUUUAUCAAAAAACCGAUUCAGCGAGCUUCCAGAGGAAGUGACGAGUUUUCAUUUUUUAGAAAAGUUACAGUGCUACCACAAUGCCAUACGGUACAUUCCCGAUACAGUCAGCAGUCUGCAAUGUUUAAGUUUUUUAGAUCUCAGCAGGAAUCAGCUGACCACCUUACCCAGAGAAUUAUGUCAAUUACCAAUACAGAUCCUUUUAGUGUCCAACAACAACUUGAGCAGCUUGCCGGACGAGCUGAGCCGCAUGACGCAGCUGACCGAACUCGACGCCAGCUGCAACCAGCUGACGCACCUUCCGCCGCGUUUGGGCGAGCUGCGCAGUCUGCAAUCCCUCGUGCUGCGCAACAACCUGCUGUUGGCCGUGCCGGUCGACAUAACCACACUCAGGCUCGCGAGGCUGGACCUCAGGGCCAACCGGAUAUCCACUUUGCCGAUAGAGCUGAAGCGGAUUGCGACCUUGAUCGAUUUGCUAGUCGAUGACAAUCCCCUGACCAGUCCGCCAGCCAGUCUGUGCAAACGCGGCCGGGUGCACAUCUUCAAGUACUUGGAGAACGAGGCGAUAAAACUGGACCGCAAGAACGGAGUCACCAACUCCGGAACGCUAAGCAGAAAGUCCAGAAGAAGCAACGAGAGAUCGUCUCCGGGUCCGCCGCAUCUGGCGGACAGACUAAAACACAAGAGACAGAACGUGGACAGCGGUUACAGCACGAGCAGCGAUUGCUACGACAAAAGGUGGUCGCAGGAGAUUGUCGGGGAGGUUGACAAAGCGUGGAAUAGUGCCAACACUAACAGUAACAGUAAGGCUGAGCAAAAUGGUUCCAGCAUAUCGACGCCUUCAACCGUUUCGCCGGCUCCUGAUAAUGGAGAUGAGGGUGCAUAUUGUGAUUAUGAAAAAAUUGAUGGGCAGAGAAACGUCAAAGAUGUUAAUAGUGUUCGUCUUAGUCCUUGUACAGAUAAUUUGUCGAAUGGUAAUGGAGUAGAGGAAAAAACCAAACCGUUAAAUCAAAUUCAAACAUACAGGGAGUACAAGGAAGCGUUGAAGCAGCAACGCGCGCACGACGUGCCGAUCUAUCGAACGAAAGACGCCGACGAGCCGUUCACGAAAACCGAACCGAACACGCCGACGCGCCACGCCUCUCCUGCGCGCACCCUGGCCACCUCGAAGUCCGACCCGACGCCCCUGAACUCGGCCUUCGGCAGCCCGAAGCACGUGUUCGACGACACGAACGCGAAGAAGCCGGUGCAGAAGGUGCAGCCGUCGCGCAACACCGCGUUCGCCUCGCCCCACCAUCACAACGGCAACGGCGCGCGCGUCAUUCCCGACUACGUGAAGCCCAUGUCGCCGCUGAAAACCGCCGGCGGCAUCCUGUCGCACGACCACGUGCCGCCGCCGAGCAACGCCAACUUGACUAACGGAAAGAAUGUUGUCGGUCCCAGGAGCCCGGGCGCGUUCGUCAACGGGGCCGCGAAGGGGGUCAAUGGGGUCAAGGCCAACAGGAACAUCACCUGGAAUCACGAUGUGCCCAACGAAAAGAUGACGUUCACGAUGCGGAGGGAGAUUGACAAGGCUCGCGAGGAAACUGACCUUAUUAAUCAGUUAAGACAUAUUAUAGAAACUAGAUUAAAAAUGGUGCUUCCACAAGACUUGGCUCCCACAUUAACAGAUGGCGUUGUUCUAUGUCACCUGGCCAAUCAUAUAAAGCCUAGAUCAGUGGCUAGCAUACAUGUUCCUUCUCCUGCUGUUCCUAAAUUGACAAUGGCCCGCUGCAGAAGAAACGUUGACAAUUUUAUCGAGGCCUGUCGAAAAAUCGGCGUUGACGAGAACCUUAUAUGCUGUGCGGCCGACGUUUUGGAAGGCAAAGGUUUGGUGCAAGUUGCCGUUACUGUAACAGAACUGUUACGAUUUCAUUCGCCUAGGUCUCCGUUACACGCCACAUCUAUCUCGACAGUUGUCUAAAUUUUAGUUGGUAAGCUUAUUUUUUUAAGUAUGUAGAGUAGAAAAAAAGCAGACCAAAUCUGGAUUUAUAUUGGCUGUAUAACGAUUUACAAGUUUUAUAAGGUGCUACACAUCAAUUAUAAAACCUUUUUUUUUCCUCGACGUUUUUGUUUAGUUUUUAAGAGUAUAUUGUUAGAAUUUUGUGAUUUAUAGUUAAUUAUAAUAUUUAUACGUGAAGUGUGGAAAAAAUAGGCAAUUAAAACUGACUUUAUUGAUUUAUACUAUGAUUUACGACAAAACGCAUAAUAUUGCCUAUUUGUUUUCACGUAUGCGUCUAUAAGCAAAAGUAUUAACUAUUUAAGCUUUUUUCAUUGUUUUAUAAAAAAAAAAGAUUCGUAAUUAAAAAUUGCACUUGACUUAAUUUGAAACAAAAUUUGUGUCCAAAUUUGUAAUUUUUUGUUAUAAAUCUUUUAAAAUAGUUUGUAGAAUACUGUUUCUCGAAAAUGCAAUACUUUUGCUCAUAAGAAUCCCUACCUAAUGUUUUUUUUUCUUUGAAAUAUUAAUGUAAGACAUAUCGAACACAUUUACUUAUAAUCAGAUGUACAAAUUUUUUAUUUAUAGAAAAUUAAUUAAGUAUGGCUUAAUAAUACUAUAGGUUAUUUAUAGUCAUCGGACAAUAAACUUAUCAAAUUGGCAUAGGUCCGUUAAUUGAUAUCAAAAUUUUCAUUCUAAGUAAGCAUGCUCAAUUUUACACUAUGUAAGUUAAAUUUUGUUUAAAUUAAAAUGGAAAUAUUUUGCUUUUUUAUAUUUUGUAUUUUUUUUAUGUUUGUUUAAUUAAAAAUAAAAAAGCAAAAGUGAGUGAAACUUUUAAAUCUUAGUUUCUGAAAUGAAUAUGGUUCUUAUUAUUUAAAAGUAAGAAAACUUCGUUCUGCAUUGAUUUAAGCAAGAUAAGGUUUCAUAUAAACGAAUUUUUUCGUUUUUAUAUGGUCUGAUUUUACACGCAAGCAUUGAAUUGUUCCAAAAAUCAAAAUGUGCCAAAGAAUUUUCAAGUAAUUUUCACGUCAUUUUGAAAUCAUAUUUUAAAAAAUUUGUAAAUACAUUGAAUCCCGACAUAUUUUUUUUACUUUAUAACUUAUUGGCUAGAAUAAGUAUAUUAUGCAUUAUUAAUUAUUAUUGUAAAGUUCAUAACUGUGCAUAAGACUGGGUACUUACUAAAUAGUAUAAUUACACGAAAAACGACCCACAAUGUAACGAGUGAUAAGAUUUUUUGUGUUUUGUGAUAAAAAAAUUAUUUUAUUCAAUUGUUUUGUUUGUACAAAAUGUAGCACAGUGGAUGGACUAAAAAUUAUGUCAUGUCUAGUCAAUUUAAUAAAUACUUUUUU